GCGUUUGGUCUCGCCCAAACUUGGUCCAGAUUUGAGUGGCUCCAGUUUUGCUAUCCGAGCGCGCCCUGCUGGAGGUGAAGGACCAGCCUGUCCCCGCUCCGCGUCGGCCGCUCUCGAUGGCUCCCUGGACCUAUUUCAUGUGAAUGCUCACGAAUGCCGGUUUUUUGUUUUUUGUUUUUUUUUUUUUGGUUUGAGUGACCGCGACCAUGGAUAUUCUGUGGAUAUUAUGGACCGUGCCGGUCGUCAUGGCUGUGGAAGAGACGCUCAUGGACUCCACCACAGCCACAGCCGAGCUCGGCUGGACCGUCUAUCCGGUGUCGGGAUCCAGCGACAACAGCUGGGAGGAGGUGAGCGGUUACGACGAAAACAUGAACACCAUCCGGACCUACCAGGUGUGCAACGUCUUCGACAACAACCAGAACAACUGGGUGCGCACCAAGUACAUCCGGCGGCGCGGCGCGCAAAGGAUCCACGUGGAGAUGAAGUUCUCCGUGAGGGACUGCAGCAGCAUCCCCAAUGUUCCCGGCUCCUGCAAAGAGACCUUCAACCUCUACUACUACGAGUCGGACGCCGACACGGCCACCAGGACCUCGCCGGCCUGGAUGGAGAACCCCUGGAUCAAGGUGGACACCAUAGCGGCCGACGAGAGCUUCUCCCAGGUGGACCUCGGCGGCAGGGUGAUGAAGAUCAACACCGAGGUCCGGAGCUUCGGCCCCGUAUCCAGAAACGGCUUCUACCUGGCCUUCCAGGACUACGGCGGCUGCAUGUCCCUCAUAGCUGUGCGCGUCUUCUACCGGAAGUGCGCCCGCAUCAUCACCAACGGGGCGCUGUUCCAGGAAACCUUGUCCGGGGCUGAGAGCACCUCGCUGGUGGCGGCGCGAGGGGUUUGCAUCCCCAACGCGGAGGAGGUGGACGUGCCCAUCAAGCUGUACUGCAACGGUGACGGCGAGUGGAUGGUACCCAUUGGGCGGUGCAUGUGCAAAGCUGGCAACGAGGCGGCGCAGAACGGGACGGUGUGUCGAGCGUGCCCGUCGGGAUCCUUCAAGCCGACCCAGGGCGACGAGUCGUGCAAGCAGUGUCCCAUCAACAGUCGCACCACCAGCGAAGGCGCCAUCAACUGCGUCUGCCGCAACGGCUACUACCGCACCGACUCCGAUCCCCUGCAGAUGCCCUGCACCACGGUCCCUUCGUCCCCCCAAAACGUCAUCUCCAUUGUCAACGAGACCUCGGUCAUGCUGGAGUGGACGAGCCCUCGGGAUUCGGGCGGCCGCGAGGACGUCGUCUUCAACAUCAUCUGCAAGAGCUGCGGCGGCGGCCGCGGCGGCUGCACGCGCUGCGGCGACAACGUCCAGUUCCUGCCGCGCCAGCUCGGCCUGACGGAGCCGCGGGUGUACAUCAGCGACCUGCUGGCCCACACGCAGUACACCUUCGAGGUGCAGGCGGUCAACGGCGUGUCGGACCAGAGUCCCUACUCGCCACACUACUCCUCCGUCAACAUCACCACCAACCAGGCUGCGCCGUCCACCGUGUCCAUCAUGCACCAGGUGAGCCGCAGCGUGGACAGCAUCACUCUGUCCUGGUCUCAGCCCGACCAGCCCAACGGAGUCAUCCUGGACUACGAGCUGCAGUACUACGAAAAGGACCAGUCGGAGUACAACGCCACCGUCGUCCGGAGCCAAACCAACACGGCGGUGAUCCGGGGCCUCAAACCGGGGAGCAUCUACGUCUUCCAGGUCCGAGCGCGCACCGUCGCCGGCUUUGGACGCUACAGCGGCAAACUCUACUUCCAGACCAUGACGGAAGCCGAAUACAACACGAGCAUCCGCGAGAAGCUGCCCCUCAUCAUCGGCUCGGCGGCCGCCGGCCUGGUCUUCCUCAUCGCCGUGGUCGUCAUCAUCAUCGUGUGCAAUCGGCGUGGCUUCGACAGGGCCGAUUCCGAGUACACGGACAAGCUGCAGCACUACACCAGCGGCCACAUGACUCCAGGAAUGAAGAUCUAUAUCGAUCCGUUCACGUAUGAGGACCCCAACGAGGCCGUGCGGGAGUUCGCUAAGGAGAUUGAUACAUCCUGCGUGAAGAUCGAGCAGGUCAUCGGUGCAGGUAAUGUCAUGCGGCAUCCAAACGGAAAAACCAAACAAAGUCAAAUACGUCUUGUCUCGCCCGCGCUCGCAGGAGAGUUCGGUGAGGUGUGCAGCGGCAACCUGAAGCUGCCCGGCAAGCGGGAGAUGUUCGUAGCCAUCAAGACCCUGAAGACGGGCUACACGGAGAAGCAGCGGCGGGACUUCCUCAGCGAGGCCAGCAUCAUGGGGCAGUUCGACCACCCCAACGUCAUCCGCCUGGAGGGCGUGGUCACCAAGAGCAGCCCCGUCAUGAUCGUCACCGAGUUCAUGGAGAACGGUUCUCUGGACUCCUUCCUCAGGCAAAACGACGGCCAGUUCACCGUAAUCCAGCUGGUGGGAAUGCUGCGGGGCAUCGCCUCGGGCAUGAAGUACUUGGCCGACAUGAAUUACGUGCACCGUGACCUGGCCGCCCGCAACAUCCUCGUCAACAGCAACCUGGUGUGCAAGGUGUCGGACUUUGGCCUCUCGCGCUUCCUGGAAGAUGACACAUCGGACCCCACCUACACGAGCGCCCUGGGUGGGAAGAUCCCGAUCCGGUGGACAGCGCCCGAAGCCAUCCAGUACAGGAAGUUCACCUCGGCCAGCGACGCGUGGAGCUACGGGAUCGUCAUGUGGGAAGUCAUGUCGUACGGGGAGAGGCCCUACUGGGACAUGACCAAUCAAGACGUCAUCAACGCUAUUGAGCAGGACUACCGGCUGCCGCCCCCCAUGGACUGCCCGAGUGCGCUGCACCAGCUCAUGCUGGACUGCUGGCAGAAGGACCGCAACAACCGCCCAAAGUUCAGCCAGAUCGUCAACAAUCUGGACAAGAUGAUCCGCAAUCCUAACACCUUGAAGGCCAUGACCCCGUUGUCGUCAGGUGUGCAUCUGCCACUGCUGGACCGGAGCAUCCCGGACUUCUCCAGCUUCAGCACGGUGGACGAGUGGCUGGACGCCAUCAAGAUGGGCCAAUACAAGGACAACUUUGCCAACUCUGACUUCACCACUUUCGACGUGGUUUCCCAGAUGACGAUGGACGACAUCCUGCGGGUGGGCGUGACGUUAGCGGGCCAUCAGAAAAAGAUACUCAACAGCGUCCAGAUGAUGCGGGCCCAAAUGAACCAGAUCCAGUCAGUGGAGGUCUGACCUUCGCCCGAGCAGAGCAAGGGACUCCUGGGGAAG